GCUCCAUGGGCGUUGAUGCUGGGUUUGGGGUAUCACACAAUUAAUUCCCCUUCUGGUUCGAUCGAUAAUGACUCUCACCCACAUCCAGGACACUUGGCUAAAGGUCACAUUAAUGGUGUCAUGUCCACCAAUCACUUCCUUUGUAUGAUGCUUUUUUCUUCUUCUUACAAUUCUCAAUGCAGUUACUCAGGCGAUUGCUGGCACGCAAUGGGAAACUUAUGGAUCACCACUUGUUGACUCAUAUUCUACUUUACCCACAUACCUAUGCAAAUGUUAGGAUUCUCGUUUUUUAUUUUUUUUGGUCUUGCUGUUACUUCUUAAGUACUUUCCGGAUAUCCCAGAACGCAUGUUCCCAGUUUAUGAAGGAUAGCAGAGGAGAGGAAAAUGAAGAAAAAGGCAAGGAGGAAAAGAGAGAGAGAGAGGGUCUCGUAUCAUCAAGACUUAGGUUCUUUUUUUUUUGGAAGUGUCAAUUAAAAGCUAUGAUACCUUAUCUAACCUACCUAUUAACUACCUUUGCCCUAGGUGCUGUAACUUUUGAUUGAUGCAGCAUGGGAAAUCGCGUGAGCUAUGAAGUGUGAACUGGUGUGCGGGAGUAUGGGGGUUGUUGAGUAGGUAGUGUAAUGAAUGGUCUAGGCUUGCCUAUGUGUGUAAUGUGGUGACAUGGUGAGACUGAUAGUACUGCUCAUGUAAGUAGUAGAAGGUAAUGAC